AUGAUCCAAGGCAUCUUCUAUGCUAGGUUCUUCCCCAAGGAGGGCCCACACAUUGUGGCCCAGUCGCCGCCGGGCUGCAUCACGGCCGUUCCCGGCGCGGCGACGACGAAGCCGCCGCUGAUCGACUGGGACGUGAUGCAGGAGUACAUUGUGCCUCGCAAGGCCUUCUUCAACCGGUACAUGACGUUGCAGGACCCGGAGGGCAAGUACGCCGUUCUGGGCUUCCCCGUGCUGAUCCCGCACCAAAAGUACCAGCGCAACGAGUUCAUUUUCAACUUCGGACUCGUCCUAGACGCCGACGCGGAUCUAGCGCAGUACGAGCCCGUCGUGAGGCGGUUGGCCGUCACCUUCAAAGAGAUGGAGAAGCAGAACGAGUACCUCAGCCAGGAGGAUGGUGGUGGGAACGGCGGAGGGGACAGGAGGCCGAUUGAGAGCCUGUUGGAGAUUGUAAAGGAGGACCUGAACAACUACGGCGAGUGCAUGAUUCCCGUCGGUGAGUCCACGUUACCCCCUCCCCCUCGCCUUCGGGCCAUCUCUCCUGACGGGACCGAAGACGAAGCAAACACGAUCAACAUGAAGCUCUUCCCGCACCACGCCAGCCCGCCCCAGGUCCGAGGCUGGCACGUUCCCGUCGCCAAGAUGAAGUUCGCCGAGAUCGUCGACCAGACGUGGGACCUGACGAUGCAAAAGGUCGUCGCACACAUUGACGGCGUCAACGACGUGCGCCGCAUCGCCUGGCUCGCCGACGUCUCCCUCGACCUCGCCACGCUCGCCCUGCGCCACCUGCUCUACUACGACACCGUGCUGCUGCUGGACAUGUUCUUCUUCGGUUCCUGCUACGCGCCCCGCCCGGGCAUCCACGACUUCGUCGCCGACCGCGACGGCAUCGUCGACGAGUGCGCGGCCUACGUGUGCAUCCACGCCCGCCAGCGCGUGAGCAACUUCAUGCUCAUCAAGCUGAUGACGAGCUUCUGCGUAGGCAAGAGCGUCAUGGAGUGGCUGCGCGGGCACCAGGAGGCCGGGUUCGACGUGCUGCGGUACGUCGACGUGAGGAGGCUCGUGCAGUUUGGCGUCAUCAAGGGGUGUCUGUACCGCGUGCACAAGUACGUCGUCUCGAAGCAGUACCUGGCGGCGCUGGCGACGGGCCAGGCGAGGCCCAAGGCCGGCGGCGAUCCGCUGCAGCAGUACACGGACGGGUGCCACUCGUUCGACCAGAUCAUCACGGAGAAGAACCUCACGGACGGGGAGAUCAUGGACAAGCUCAAGAGCCUGCCGGUGCCGAGCGGUGACCUGACGGUGUUUUAUCGCUGA